UCUUGUCUGGUGAUACGAUCGUCAUACGUGAACGUGCCUGUGAUGGCCCACCAAGUUCUCGUACGAUUGUACUGUCCGGCAUAGCUUGUCCGAAAGUCGCUCGUCGACCUAAUCCAAACAAUAAUGUGGAGGCCACGGCUGACGAACCCUACGGAUGGGCAGCUCGAGAAUUCGUGCGAACGCGACUGAUUGGCAAGGAAGUUUGCUACACGAUCGAAAACGAAGUUUCUCCUGACAGAGCUUACGGUGCAAUUUUCCUCGGCAAAAACACAGCGGCGCCAAACGUUGCUCACAUGCUGGUCAGCGAAGGUCUUGCACGCUUGCGUAGGAUGGGGAAUCCAGAUAAAAAUCCAAAUUAUGCCUCUCUCAUUUCCCUCGAAGAAGAGGCGAAAACUAUGAAAAAGGGCAUUUGGUCCGAAUCCGACCUCGGGACACCCCGGAAUAUAUGCUGGUCUAUCGAGAAUCUGAACCAGUUCUUGGACCAG